GGGACAGAGGCGGUACUAGGACGAGAACGACUUCCGGUCGCGAGGUGAGGUUGUCGCACUUAUCAGGCCCAAUGGCGGCCCCAGUACUUCACACGCGGUUGCCCGGGGAUGCGGCCGCUUCGGCCUCUGCGGUCAAGACGUUGGGGUCAUCGAGAACUGGGAUUUCAGAUAUGCUUACAUUAGAGAGUGAUUUCUUCAACUCUCCCCCAAGAAAAACUGUUCGGUUUGGUGGAACUGUAACAGAAGUCUUGCUGAAGUACAAAAAGGGUGAAACAAAUGACUAUGAGUUAUUGAAGAACCAGUUGUCAGAUCCAGACAUAAAGGAUGACCAGAUCAUUAAUUGGUUGUUAGAAUUUCGUUCCUCCAUCAUGUACUUGACCAAAGAUUUUGAGCAGCUCAUCAGUAUUCUAUUGAGAUUACAGUGGUUGAAUAGAAGUCAGACAGUGGUGGAGGAAUAUUUGGCUUUUCUUGGUAAUCUUGUGUCAGCACAGACUGUCUUCCUCAGACCCUGUCUCAGCAUGAUUGCGUCUCAUUUUGUUCCUCCCCGAGUGGUCACUAAGGAAGGUGACAUAGAUGUUUCAGAUUCUGAUGACGAAGAUGAUAAUCUUCCUGCAAAUUUUGACACGUGUCAUAGGGCAUUGCAAAUAAUAGCAAGAUAUGUCCCAUCGACACCGUGGUUUCUUAUGCCAAUACUGGUGGAAAAAUUUCCAUUCGUUCGAAAAUCAGAGAGAACAUUGGAAUGUUACGUUCAUAACUUACUAAGGAUUAGUGUGUAUUUCCCAACCUUGAGGCAUGAAAUUCUGGAGCUUGUUAUUGAAAAGCUACUCAAGUUGGAUGUGAGUGCAUCCCGGCAGGAUAUUGAAGAUGCUGAAGAAAUAGCUCAAACCAGUAGUGGAACAGAUGCCACAGAAGGAUUGUUUAACAUGGAUGAAGACGAAGAAACUGAACACGAAACAAAGGCUGAUCCCCAAAGGCUAGAUCGGAUGGUACAUCCAGUCGCUGAGCGCCUGGACAUCCUGCUAUCUUUACUUUUGUCCUACAUUAAAGAUGUCUGCUCUGUAGAUGGUAAGAUUGACAUCAACAAAACAAAGGAUUUGUAUCGUGAUCUCAUAACCAUCUUUGACAAGCUCCUGCUGCCCACCCAUGCCUCCUGCCAUGUACAGUUUUUCAUGUUUUACCUCUGUAGCUUUAAAUUGGGAUUCGCAGAAGCAUUUUUGGAACAUCUCUGGAAAAAAUUGCAGGAUCCGAAUAAUCCUGCUGUCAUUCGGCAAGCUGCUGGAAAUUACAUUGGAAGCCUUUUAGCAAGAGCUAAAUUUAUUCCUCUUAUUACUGUAAAGUCAUGCCUAGAUCUUUUGGUUAACUGGCUGCACAUAUAUCUGAAUAACCAGGAUUCGGGAACAAAGGCAUUUUGUGAUGUUGCUCUCCACGGACCGUUUUACUCAGCCUGCCAAGCUGUGUUCUACACUUUUGUUUUUAGACACAAGCAGCUUUUAAGUGGAAACCUGAAGAAAGGUUUGAUGUACCUUCAAAGUCUAAAUUUUGAACGUAUAGUGAUGAGUCAACUAAAUCCUCUGAAGAUUUGCCUGCCCUCGGUAGUUAACUUUUUUGCCGCAAUUACAAGUAAAUACCAGCUGGUGUUCUGUUACACCAUCAUUGAGAGGAACAAUCGCCAGAUGCUACCAGUUAUUAGGAAUACAGCUGGAGGGGACUCGGUGCAAACCUGCACAAACCCACUUGACACCUUCUUCCCCUUUGAUCCUUGUGUGCUGAAGAGGUCAAAGAAAUUCAUUGACCCUAUUUAUCAGAUAUGGGAAGACAUGAGUGCAGAAGAGCUUCAGGAGUUUAAGAAACCUGUUAAAAAGGAGGUGCUAGAAGAUGAAGAUGAUGACUUUUUGAAAGGCGAAGUUGGAAUUACACCGAGCUCCUUUGACACACAUUUCCGAAGUCCUUCAAGUAGUGUGGGCUCCCCACCCGUGUUAUACUUGCCAGACCAGUCCCCUCUGAUUGCGAGGAGUUGUGAUUGAGACCAUCCUCCUGCCCAUCGUUCCUUCAGUACCUGGGCUCAUAGUAUCUGAGUGUCACAUCACUCUAGAGCGAGUACCCACCUCCACAGCUUCCUUUCAAUUUAGACUCACUCUAGUGUGUGAACAGAUGGGGUUUUUUUUCUUUUUGCUCCUGUACAGACAAAAGGAAAAGAUUGAGUAUCAUGUGCAAUAUUUUACAAUGGAGUUGAUGAUAAAUGUUGAAGGCUUGG